AUGCACAGUUUGGUGACGAAAUUCCUUGCGGACUCUGAUGUUCCGCUGGCGCCAAAUAUAUUCAAGCAGGCGAUCGAAAGAGCAGGCGGUCUCUCAACUCUGAAGAUCGGAGACCAAGACUGGACCAAGCAUGGCUAUGCUGAUCCAUAUCUGUUCCCCGCAAACCAAUGUCGGAACGACAUGAUUUCAGACGAUCUCAUUCUGAAUGAAGCCUUGUGCGACUUCAAUAUACACAAAUCCAAGGUUUACUCUGUCCAACGACCAGGUGCUCCGGAAAAGUAUCCUAUUGAAUCUUGGUCGAGGGAGAGGAGUGCAAAGACCUAG